AUGGAAUCGGGAAAGAACAAUGAUGAAAAGGUUACAGUAGAUUCGGUGAAGAGGCUCAUCGCGGCACGAGAUGAAAUCGAUCGACGAAUCGCCAAGGAAGAAGAAGUUCUUAAGAUGAAUAAUAUUGACAUGCAAAGAAGUUUGGUAGAUGCAGAAGGUUUUCCCAUUACAUCUGUCGAUGUAUAUUCAGUGAGACGAGCAAGGUGUGCGAUUAUUUGCGCACAGAAUGAUCGCCAGAAAUUAACAUCUGAAAUCGAAAAAGCUAUGCUUACUUUACACCAACAAAAACGAGAUUGCAUGGCGGCAUACAGUGAACCUAAAGCAGUAGCAGAUGAUAUUCCCAUAGUGCACCGUACUAGCAACGCUCCAUUUGCGAAGAUAGCCAAAGUAAUGGAUGCCUCGCCGGCUUUUCGAGCGGGUUUAAAGGAUGGCGAUCAACUAAUACAGUUUGGUUCGUUACAUGCUGGCAAUUUUACCGAUAUAAAAGAACUUGGUGUGGUUGUACAAAACUCUAUAGAUAGGCCAAUACGAGUAACAGUGCUAAGGAGCGAUAGGCCGAUACGAUUAGAACUUGUACCGCGAACGUGGUCUGGCAAAGGCACUCUCGGAUGUUCCGUACUUCCAGUUACUCCUGCUCACAUAUGA